GAUACAACUAGUCGACGUUGACAGCUCCCCGACUAGUAGCUACUGCUGGGGAUAAUGAUAUCAUCAUCAUGAAGGCUUCCUCGUCCUCUUUCCAGUCAAUGUUAUAGUGAUAUCAUCAUCAUGAAGGCUUCCUCGACGUCCUCUUUCCGGGCCAACGUUCCGCCCAAGGGGGCUUCUAAGUCUAAGUCAGGAGGUGGACUUGGCGGAACAUCUACUUUGCUAGCCAAAGCGAAAGCGAAGUUAAGGCUACCGCUGAAGCAUGUCCUUAUCAUCAUGAUCCUUGGUUCUUCUUCUUUUUCAAGGGGAAAUAUAUACGUAAUGACUCCCAAGGAAGAUAUAACUCUCAAGGAAGAUGCGACCGCGGUGGCUUUAACACUUUCGUCAAAAGCAGCGCCGUUUUCCUCUGGCACGGGACCGUCGAUCCCUUCGAACACAGUGCCGAUGGCGAAAGAGAAUGAUAAUGAGAAUCGUCCUGAAGAAGGAGACGCAGCUGCGGUGCUGGCUGAGGUGGAUCGAAAUAAUUUCUCUGAUGAAGUAGAUUACGGCAGGCUUCAGAUAGCAAAGAGAUGCCUUGUACUACUUUCACAAAAUUAUAAAGAGAAUGUUCUUGGGAAAAAUAUUGCAACGAGAUAAUGCUGAGGCGGAGGCCCCAAACGAAGAUGAAGAGCCCCAGAAGAAGAUGAACAGCCCCAAAAGAAGAUGAAGAUUCAAGAAGCAUAAACAUCAAGGUAAAGAUGACUCUACCCGUGGCUCCUCUAAAUCUAAAGAUCGGAUGCUGACGAGGAAGAGGAAGAGGAUGCAAUCGACUACUAUAACGAAACCUUGCAGGAGCUAGUGGAGGAUAAGAAAUCGGAACUGCUGUAUAUGAAGAAGUUUCUCAACAAAAUCGCUGACGAAGUAUUACCGGACAGAAAUUUUAAGGCAACUACGUCGCACGCAUCCUUCACAGCAUUGCUGGACACACAGCAUUUCUGGACACAAGAAUUAGAAGACUGUCCUCAUUUCUACACACCCUUCGUGAAUGGGAAUGGCGGGUACACCGCUGAUUUUAUUACCGCUACUCCUACUUCUUAUAAACUUAAGUUGGUAGUUACCUUUUCCCGCAUGAUAAUCUAGUAGGUUUCAAAAUAUCCCACCAAGCACCUUAGGGGAUCCAGAGAACAAGCUGCUCCCAAGGGAUGCUGCGAAGGCUCUAAGAAUUUAACACAGAGGUUGCAUAUGGGACUCUACCGGUUGUUGAUGAAUAGAGUCGAAGAAAUCGAGGAACUGAUGGAAAUUCUUAUGUUAAGGCAUGUUGUUGUUGAAUGGGCUCUACUUAUUAGUUCGUUGUGGAAGUAUUAGUAAAUAAGGCUCCUCUUAUUAGUAGUAUUAGAGAAGAAGAACAAGAAGAUGCACCCUCCAAAUCCAUGAAAUAUGCAGCAAAGUAAUAUGCGUACUAACGCCGAUAAUUUGGUUUCGGUAGCUCAUGCAGCUCGCGAGUAGCUCUAAUCAUAUCAGCAAUAUCUGAAGAUACUACAACCGGAAGUUCUUCGUCAGCUGCAAGCAGAAUUAUCAGUUUGGACAUCAUCCAAAGAGCGUCCGAGUACGAUAUUCCAGAGGGGUUGCUGCAAGCGGCACAGGAGAAGUUGAAAGAAGAUGCAGUUGUUGAACAAAACCGCUUCUGGCAUGGAAGGAACGCAAGUGCAGCUUCAUCUUCUAGUCGCUCUUUGAAUGCGGGUGGUGGACGUGGAGGUGCUGGCUCCGGCAACUAUGCCUCCACGCAGAAACAGCUUUUAGAACAGUUGCAAGGGCAGCAGGCAGAAGAGCAGCAGAAGCUGGUAGAGAGUACGGAGAAAUUACAAAACAAAAUGGAAAAAUUUUGGGCUUUACAUGAAAAGAUCGAAAACUACAACGUAAAAGAGAACUCAUCUUCUUCUGCGAACAAGCUUCUUCUGGAUGAAGUGUUAAAAUUCUUCGAUGUGUACGCGCAACCACUGAUGCUGGACUUGGACUGUGUUUUACCCGCACCCAACAUCGACGUAAAAGCGAAUGUCAGUUCUAGUGCAAGUACAACUAGAUCCGCGUCCUCCUCCAAAAUCACUGCUUCUACAAAUCAAAGUACUACAAGAAGUACUAGUACAGCACCAUCAAGGAACAAGAACAACAAGUCUUCCCCGUCCUCUACGGGGCAGACGCUACUCCAGCGGUUAUGUAAUUCCGCGAAAUUGCCGCACGAGUUACAACUGCGCUUACUGGAACAUCUAUUGAAGAAAGGUGCGCACAUGCAGUUUGCGGUCUCUUACUACGUAUCUGCGCAGAUGCUCAAGUCACAAUUCUUAUGGAUGGAUGAAUAAGUUUCUUCUGGUAGUUCUCGGUCCAACGACCCUUAAGUAAGGGCGGAGCUUGUUUUCAUGAAUAGUCACACUAAGGGAAGCCAAGGUGGUCCGUCUUUGAAAGUAGUAGAUGGCAAAAAGACCAAGAACUAUCACCUCGCGCUAGGCAAAUUCAUUCAUUCAUUCAGACAUUGACAUUCUUCAUAACUCGGCACUAGCGGAAAGGACGCGGAACAAAACUCCGGAUACACCUUUAGCCACAUCGAGGAGACCAUGCGGCUUUUCUUUGCACAUUUUCAAACUCAAUCCUGCAGCAUUUCAGAAGAUGGCACACUUUCUUUCCACGAGGAGGAUGUAGAGAAAUGUAUCGAAGCUUUGGAGGAAACAGUCAGCGGGAAGUUGAACGGCUUUGGAUACUUAGGUCUCGAUGGAGGAGGUUCAGAAGAUGAAGAUGCUGCCACUACACCAGUAACAGUACUAGAGGCCACAACGCUUUCACAUAAAGUGAAGGAUCAUUUGGUGAGUGUGUUUGAAAAGUGGAAGCAAAAACUUCCGAAAAACAAAAAUUCUUCUGGUGGAGCAGGUGAGACUAUUGGCUUACCCUUGGCAAAGCCCUGGCCGCAAUUAUUUCGCGAUUCGCUGCUGUCUCAAGCAACGGAAGAAUUUGAUUUGAAAAAAGUGGAGCAGACAAUCGAGCAAAUUUGCGCAUGGAAUGGAAAGAAAAUCUUGAAUGAGCCGGUCAGUAGUAACACUGGCGCGAAUAUGUUGCAAUUCGCUGUUUCGUGUUCGGCCUCGUCCACGUCCUCUAGUUCUACUAGAAAUAGUUCCUCGACUACAAUAGUACAGCUAACAUCGAUGAAAACAAGAAAGCCAGAAGUGGUUAAAUUCUUGUUGAAGAAGCUGGCGGCCACCAGCUGCUUUGGUUCCGGGUCAAAGGACAGCUUCUUUGUUACCGAUGUGUCGGGAGAAACGGUUUUACAGCAAGCACUAGCCUGUCCAGAUGAUGUUUCUUCCGUGAAGCAGGAGGUUGCGCAACUUUUGCUCUCAUCGGAGACGUCUGCUUUCAACGGCUUGGAUUUGCUGCACUUGAAGAAUUUUUAUGGGCGUAGAAGUUGUAGAUCAUUAGUUGUUUCAUUUUUAUGGGCGUAGAAGUUGUAGAUCAUUAGUUGUUCCAUUUUUAUGGGCGUAGAAGUUGUAGAUCAUUAGUUGUUCCAUUUUUAUGGGCGUAGAAGGUGUAGAUCAUACAUCAGUAAGAACUAUGGAACAAUCAUGAUGGAUACCAAUAUUAAGGCUACCGCUGGACCAUCCUCAACAUCAUACUUGGCCCAUUUUUCAAGGAGAAAAAGGGACCAGGGAGGUUCUCGGGGAUGCGGGCGCGGUAGCUCUAACAAUAGUAUCCCAACAUGCAACAAUCAUUAGUUGUAACUCUACCUCUAGGUCCAGGCUGAUGAGGGAAGCUUCACUCAGACGCAAGAACCACCAGGACCAGGAUGGAUGGUUUCUGCUUCACCUCUAGUACUAAUCAUGAAGGAUUUCUUCUUCUUCUACUGUUUCUACAACCUCAUCUACUUCUAAAUUUCAGAAAACGACAGGAUCCUGGACUUUUUGUUGAAGGAGCAAGCCUCGGGUGA